AUGAAGAUCACUGCCUCCCUCGCUCUCCUCGGCGCCAUGGCCUCGAUGGCCACCGCCUUCAUCAACCCCACCGACCCCUGGGGUGACUCCAUCUGGAAGCCCAACACCCAGGUCACCAUCAGCUGGAACGACGACGGCAAGGCCCCCAAGCUCGGACCAGAGCAUGUCUUUGACAUCUACCUCAGCACAGGCGGCGACCAGAGCAUGUUGAACAUUGCCACUAUCGCCACCGGUGUCAAGGCCGGCGAGGUCUCCAACAUCACCUACACCGUCCCUGAAGUCACUCCCCCCGGCAAGAUUUACUUCUUGACUUUCAAGGCCACUGCUGGACAGUUCAGCGAUGUCAACAACCCCGGCGGUCUCGCCUGGAGCACCCGCUUCACGAUCACAGAUCUCGCCGGCAACCCCGGUACGCUCAAGCCCACCGGUGUUCCCGGUCAAAACCCCGGUGCUAUUGGUGCCACUGUCGCCCCCGGCGCCGGUAGCCCUAGCGCCACUGCUACUGCUACUAGCACUGCCGCUGGUAGCGCUGCUCCCUCGGGCGCUGCCUCGCCCACGAGCGCUAGUGCUGCGCCCGCGGCUACGAGCAACACCAGCGGUGCUGGCUCCGUCGGUACUUCCGCCCUGUUCGCUGCUGCUGCUGUCAUCGUCGGCGCUGCUGCUUUGGCUCUUUAA